AAUAUACAGGCGACUGGAAAGGUUCUUAUUAUUUGUGAAAUAAAAAGUAUAAAAUUAAAGAUUAAGCAUUUAAUGUUUUAACUUUAUUAUCAUAAUAAAGCUAUGAGCAAUUAGUGAAAGUGAAAAGGAAAAUAAAAUGGAUUUAAAAAUAUAUUUUUUUAUUAGCGCAAAUAUUUUCAUACAAAUUGUAAAGGGUGAACAAGAAUGUCCUGCUGGAUGUCAAGGUGCUAAAGGUGAUCCUGGUUUGGAUGGUAAUCCUGGUCCUCCUGGUCGUGUAGGACCUCCUGGAAUUAAAGGUGAUGCUGGUGCUCCUGGUCUUCCUGGUUAUGCAGGACUUCCUGGUAUUAAAGGUGAUCGUGGUUUUAUUGGACCCGCUGGACCACAAGGUUAUAUUGGUAUUCCUGGUUCUCCUGGACGUAAUGGUUUGCAAGGUAUUCCUGGACUUCCUGGUGUUAAAGGUGAACCUGGAAAUAACGGAACUCCUGGUGGACCUCCUGGUAUUAAAGGUGAUCCUGGACCUCCUGGAAGGAAUGGUAUUCCUGGACGCCCUGGUGAACCUGGUGUUCCCGGUAGAGAUGGUCAAAAAGGUGACAGGUGUCCUCCUGGUCAUCCCGGUGAGAUAUUACACUUUACCGAUGAGGAAAAACAAACUAUGUUUUUAAAGACCCACGAAAAUUUGAAGAUUUCUUAUGAGCAUUCAACAUCAGCUAAUGGCCAAAAAUUAUCACCCGCCAAAACAUGCCGUGAUCUCUUUGCAGACUACCCCGACUACAACUCUGGCGAAUAUUGGAUCGAUCCCAACGAAGCUGAUCCAACUGAUGCUACAUUCGUAUUCUGUGAAAAGGAUAGACGAGCCACCUGUAUCAUGCCACAGCCCACAGAAUCCAAUAUAAUAACUUACAUUGGAAAUGAAAAGGAAGUGUGGUUAAGCGUUGCGAUUGAAGGCAUGAAGAUACAUUAUAAUAUUGAUUCCUAUCAAAUGCGAUUCCUGCAGCUAUUGUCACCAAAUGCAACACAAAAAAUAACUUUCCAUUGUAAAAAUACAGUGGCCUAUGGCGAUGAUGAUAAGACUUCUUCGAGAAAGGGUUUGAAAUUAUUGGCUUGGAACGAUGCCGAAUUAAAGCCCGAGGGUUCCCAACUCUUAAGAUAUGAAGCUGAUAUAGACGACUGUCGUAGACGUUCCAGCAAUUGGGAAAAAACUAUUAUCAUCUACACCACCGACAAACCUCAACGAUUACCUAUUGUCGAUAUAGCGAUACGUGAUGUAGGCGAGUUAAAUCAACAAUUCCGUAUUGAAUUGGGACCAGCUUGUUUCUAUUAGAGUUUUAUUUUUACAGCUGUUCUAAACAAAAUACUUAAAUAUAUUUAAAUAAAAUUAGUUCUAAGCUGGUUAAAUUCGUAGCAUUUUAACAGAUUAUAUAAACUUUCAGCCUAACCACAAAAGAAA